AUACACGACUUCCGUUUCUUGAUUCUACUGGUGAAAAACUAACGUGAUUGCCAUAAAAGACCUAGCGUGGCCAAAGGGAAGUAACUGGAGAUGAGUGGGAUAACUGGUAAACAGCUGGAGGACAAGCUGAAAACAGAAAUAGAAGCAGAACAUGUGUCUAUAACUGACAUGUCUGAUGGAUGUGGAGCUAAGUUUGAUGCUGUUAUUGUGUCACCUCAGUUUGAAGGGAAACAGUUGUUAGCCAGGCAUAGGUUAGUAAACAAUACUCUGCAGGAAGAGAUGAAGAUAAUCCAUGCGUUCUCUAUGAAGACGUACACACCAGAGCAGUGGAUCAAAAUAAAAGAAAAUCAAUGAUUUCUUUUUCUAAAUUCUAAUUAGAAUUCCAAUUAAAAUGAAAGGAUUUUGUAACAAUCAUAAAUCCUCUGAAGAUGAUCCAAACUGCGGAGACAGAAGAAAAUCCGGACUUGGAUAAAGAUGAAUGACAUCAAGUUAUAAUGAUAUGACAGUUUAAGACUAUAAUAGUCAAAAUGAUAGUGACUAACAUGUUGUCAAAGUCUUAGUCCACAGUGGUGUCAUCUCAAAUAGUUGUUUGUGAAAUUAUGAAAUGUUGUACUCGAAAAUGAAAUUAUUGAGGAAAAUUUGGUGGAUUGUACUUGGAAACUAUUUAUACGACACCAGUCAAAUAUUUCUAGGUGUCUCAUUGUUAAAUUGAUUAUCAACUUCUGUUAAAUCCGUGUAACAGAAUUUAUUUCAUGAUUUUGUAUACAUGUUCUGUCAUCAAUAACAAUUUUUCAAAUAAAAAAAGCUUUUUCUAGAA